AUGUCUAAUCUCACUGAACAUUUUCUCAAACCGGAAGCGUCCACAGACGCCUUUAAGGCACAUCUCACCACCUUGCUAUCGUUUUACGAGCGUGGACCUCAUUCUGAUGAACCAGCAUUUACAUAUGAUGGCCCAGUUGACUCCCAAACUGAAGCUAUCCUGCGCUCGCUCGAGGCAAUUGCGAAGAGGAUGUGGAUCUCUGAGGGUAUGGUGAACAGUGGGAUGCGCAGUCCUUUGGAUGAUAACAAGGUUGCUGAAUUGGGGUAUCAUCUUGUACACCACUCUGAGGCUACCUCGUCCAUCGAAGGUGCUGGAGAUAGCGUUGAGAGAAGUACCACCGGCAAUGAAGCUAUUGGGGCUUCUCCCAAGCACUGCCCUAAUUGUGGGAACUCUUUCGAACGAUCGCCACUGCUGCAUACCAAUCUUCAAGAUGGCACAGAAGACACACCUCAAGCUGUGCCUUCUUCUAUUGUUGCAGAUAGCAGUGAUGAAAUUGUGUUUAGGCCAGGUGAAGAAAUCAGGUUGCUAAAAAGUCAACUUGAGGACGUAGCCAGAGUCUGCGAGUCCGUUUCGCGAGGUAAUUUGGGCCAUAAAAUCACAUCGCCCGUUGAGGGCGGGAUCAUGGCGCAAGUUAAAGAUUCUGUCAACAGUAUGGUCGAUAACCUUUCCAAACUCGCCAAUGACGUCACCCGCCUAUCCCGAGAUUUGGGCACGGAUGGGAAACUAGGCGUCCAAAUUGAAUUCCUCCCGAACAUGGGAGGUCAGCUUGGCGACAUGGUUGAUAAUCUGAACAGAAUGACUCUGGAUGUUACGAAUCAGGUCAGGUCCAUUUCAAAGGUUUCGAAAGCUAUCUAUGUAGGAGAUUUGAGCAAGCAAAUUGAGGUCAAGGCGAAGGGUGAAAUAUUGGAGUUGAAGGAUAUAGUAAACGGCAUCGUGCUUCGACAGCGUGUUUUGACGAAAGAGGUGUGUAGAGUCACGUCGGAAAUCAGCAAAGGCAGGAUUGGUGGGCGAGCAGAAGUUCCACAUGUUGAGGGUGUGUGGUUCUCAUUCGUCACAGGCAUCAACUCAAUGACGAGCACAUUGGAGAAUGGUUUGCGCGCGACAAGCUAUGUUGCAAAUGCCAUUGUACAAGGAGAUCUAAGUAAAAGAAUCGAAGUAGAUGUGGAGGGAGAUCUCCUUGCUCUCAAGACGGCAGUCAACUCCAUCGCUGAUCGUCUACAGACCACUUCAAACGAGAUCAUACAACUCAACCGCCAACUCAGGGUGGAAGGCAUGCUGGACGCGCACGCAGCGUCAGCUGAUGCACAAGGCGUAUGGAAAGAACUUUUGCAGAGCGCCAACGGUGUAGCUGCUACUCUCAAAAGUUGUGUGAGAGCAACCUCCGAGGUCUUGAAGGCAGUUGCGGGUGGAGAUCUGGAAACUUCUAUGCAAAUAGGUGAGGCACAAGGGGAGGUACUGGAGUUGACAGAGACGGUCAAUGGUACUGUAGAAUUUCUCAGAGUAUUUACAGAGGAGGUGGUAAGAAUGACAAGGACAGUUGGUGUAGAAGGUCGGCUUGGGCACCAAGUAUUGGUUUCGCAUGUGGGAGGGACGUGGAAGGAAAUAGUUGAUGGCCUCAAUGGUUUAACUUACAAUUUGAUGCUGCUUGUACGAACAGCCAUGGUAGCUCUCGUUUCCGUAGCUCGAGGAGAUCUGUCGCAGAAGAUUGUAGGCAUAACGCUACACGGAGAGAUGUCGGAUCUGGUGCAAAUCAUCAACGAGAUGAUUGACGUAUUGUUCAAGUUUACAAAGGACAGCAAGCGGAUUGCGCGUGAAGGCGACACGGAGGGUAUCUUAACCCAUGCUGAAGUGGGGGGCGUCAUCGGAAUUUGGAAUGAGAUUAUACGAAUUUUGGCUCUCGAGUAUGAUAAGGAGAAUCAACGUCGGGCUACUGGUGGUGAACUCGAAGUUUGGUGA